GUUUAUGUUAAAUUUUUCGACUACAGAACUUCUUAUAAAAGUGUUUCUUAUAAAUGUUGAAACAUUGAUUAAGGAUUGAAAAGGAUGUCGGCGGAAAAGUACGAGUUAUCGGAUCCGGAUGUAAAAAGUCUGGACGGAUUGAUGUCUCUUGAUGGAUAUCCUCUGCCGACAUUCAGGCUAUCGCCAGAAGAGUUACGUGCACAUAUUCUUUCCUUGAGGGACUGGGAGAUGAAAGAAGAUGACGUCAUACUGUGCACCUUUCCGAAAUGUGGAACAAACUGGAUGCAGGAAAUAAUGACGAUGUUGCUCAAAGGGAAACCUGACAUGGUGAAUGCCAUAAAUAAAGUUGGCACCAUGAUGGAAGUCUCUUCUAUCGACCGGAUAAACGAAUUACCGUCACCGAGAAUCUUGAAUUCCCACCUUCAGUGGAAGUUACUGCCCAAGUACAUAUCUGAAAACAAGAACAAAGUUGUAAUUGUUAUGAGAAAUCCAAAGGAUGUUGCCGUCUCGUUUUACUAUCAUAUGAAGGGCAUGCAGGAUUUUGACUAUGAUGGAGAGUUUAAAUACUUCCUUGACUGGUUUCUGGAAGGCAAAUUGCCAUAUGGCUGUUUCUUUGAGAGUAUGAAAGAAUAUGAGCGAUUAGCUAAUGAACAAAAGGACCAGUUUCAUACUCUCUUCUACGAGGAUCUAAAAACGAACGGCCUACAAGAGGUUAAACGCCUUGCUCGGUUCCUCGGAGCAAAUGAUGCAGACGACUUUUGUCAAGCGGUGUACGAUGCCUGUGAUAUAAAGAACCUAAAAGCCAAAAGUGCCCAGCCAAAGGACGGGAGGCCAAGUUUUUGGAAACCAGGUGGAUCUAUCUACCGCAAAGGCAUUACUGGUGACUGGAAGACGCAUCUGACAGUAGCACAGAAUGAACUUUUCGACUGGGUUAUUGAGGAGAAAAUGAAGGACAGUAAAAUCAAAUUUAGAUAUGAUUGAUGAAAUGCAUAAUCUUUAUGCUGGAUCAUGAACCAUUCUUCUAAUAUGGAAUAGUCGAUUAAUGAAUUCAUAGCAAUGGUUCCGCUGUCA